AUGGACUACAAAGCUUUUGCGGGCUCUGAUAUAUUAACUGGUAAGUACCGUUAUGCGAAGGAGGAGCUUGAUGCCCUUGUUACUGGUGUCAAUUAUAAAGACAACAGCCACAUAGUACAUGUUGAAGAUCAAUCUUCCGUUGUUGAGAUCCUAUCCAAUUCUGCUAUAUUAAAAAAGCAUCUCCAUUACAUUGAGGAGAAGAAACGUGUUGCAGAGGCUGAACAUGUUAUGAUGCUGUAUUGUUCAUGGAGUCUUGAUUGUACACACUGGGCUUGGGAUAAUUGUCUAGUGGCUUGGCGUGGCCAGUACACGCGAGGUGACCAUCACAGGCCGACGAUAAUGCUUGAAGCAGUGGCGUCACAGGAUUGUUGGAUUUGGCACACAUACUUUGGUGUUGCCGAUUCAAACAACGACAUUAAUGUGUUGAACCAAUCUCCUUUGUUCAAUGGCUUUAAAGACGGCAUAGCACCGGUGGUUCCUUUCACUGUAAAUGGAACCGAAUAUAAGUACCCGUAUUAUCUUGUGGAUGGGAUCUACCCAAGAUAUGCGAUGUUUGUGAAAACGAUUCCUCAUCCAACCAAUGAGAAAAGGAUUCGAUUUGCUAAGGCACAUGAGGCUGCAAGGAAGGAUGUGGAGCGAACUUUUGGUAUUAUAAAAAAAAAUGGAAAAUACUUAGAGAACCGGCACGAAAAAUGGAAGAAACCCUCAUCCGUAAGAUCAUGUAUGCGUGUUGUAUUCUUCACAACAUGA